AUGAUCAUGCACGUCAUUCCUAUUUCGGACUGGCCUGGAAGGAGCAUCAAUUGUAAGGUGUUUGCUCUGACGACGAGUUCCGGCGCCACGGUCUGUCUACUGGGAGCCAACACUUCCACCGUUCAGACAAGUCCCGUCGGUAUAUCCUCUGCCCUUUAUUAUGAUGACGCUUUCGUCCCCGCAGGCUACACCAUUGCCAUGCUCACGGAUGAGAUCCAUUUCCUUAAGUUCCCUGGCGUGGCCACGAACUACAACGCCGCCUUGGACUACUGCAAGACGGACGGCGCCCGCUUGGUCGUGGACGACAAGGGCCUGGCGUGGCACGACAGAAUCAUGCAGAUCGUCUUGCCGUUGGUGACGACUACGUUUUGGCUGGGGGGUGAGGACUUGGACGGGGACCAUGUCUAUAAAUGGAUCGAUGGUCUGGAUGGCACUACUUCUUGGAACUUAUCUGAUGGACACAACUUGAACCACGUCCGCAUCCAACCAGAGACUCGAUCGCCGUCUGAGCUUCGCAGACCCGUCCCUCGGAUCGCGUCGGGCCGAUCGGCCGAACGUCCACAUGGACCUUCAAGCUGGAGAACUUCAAAUCCAUCAUCGUUCUUUCGCGGGCGGUUGGCAGUCAGGAGUCACGAUUGCCGAUCAAGACCCACGACCGAUCGGGUCGUUCUGAUCGAGCCUAUCCGUAUUCGUCCAGAACUCGAAGCUGCUUCAUACUAA